AUGAGGGGGGCGAUGACUAGGGUGCAGUCGGGCGUGUCCCUCUACAGGGGGAAUAUUCGAAAACUGUCCAACAACAGUCUGGGGACGAUCCUAGCCCUGUUUUACUCCCUGAUGCGGACGGCGUGCACAUCUGCGGCGCGCCACCGCUGCCCACCGGCCGCGAAGGCGGCCGCCGAGCUGGCCGCACUGGUCCGCGCGGACCUGAGGAGCGAGCUGGCGGCCGUGCUGGACGCGCAGGGCGGCGCUGCGCGCCUGCAGGGCUCGCCGCGCCCAGCCUGUGUGCGGGCGCGCCCUCUGGACGGCCAUGACUCGGCGCCGGACUUCCAGGCGCACCAGCCAAAGGGCCCCGCGCGCUUCGCCGACGAGCUCAGCGACGGGGCCAGCGACGCCUCGCCGGCGAGGGCGCGCGCCGCGGCGGGCAAGGGCGCCGCGGGCGCGGCGCCGGCCGCGCUGGCGGACCUGGCGCACGUGCCACCGGGCGAGCUGGCCUCGCUGUCGAGCAGGACUGCCUCCGGCUGGCUGUCGGGCCUCCAGCGCCGCAGCGAGCAGCCCCUGGUCGGCAGCUCGGAGGGCCCGAACUUCCGGGUCUCCUUCGUCCACGCCUUCUCCCGGGCCAAGAUCGGCAUGGCGUCCAUCGGCCUGACGCCCAUCGCCGAGGAGCGGAGGCUGAGGGCCGCCGCGGUGCUGCUGAGGUUGUUCGACUCGUCGGCCUGCGCCGUGCUGCUGCUGAACCUGGUGUUCAUCGGAGCCGAGACCGAGUACAACGCGAGGGGCGGGGGCUCCGAGCAGGGGGAGGUGGCCUUCCAGGCCGCGGAGGUGUGUUUCCUUGCGUUCUUCCUGACGGACCUGCUGCGGCGCUACUGCCAGGACCGAAAGGACUUCUUCAGGGGGGGAAUGUGGCGUUGGAACGUUUUCGAGGCGGCUUUAGUCACCGUGCAGUUUCUGGACGUCAUGGUCCAGUUCUCGCUUGGGACGUCCAAAGAGCGGGAGCAGACGAGGAGCACGGGGCGCAUGGUGAUCUCCCUGAUGCGCUUCCUGCGGUUGGCCCGUGUCCUGAGGGUGCUGCGUUUGUUCCAGUUCCUCCAGGAGCUCAACAAGCUGAUCUGGCUUAUCUACGCAUCGCUGAGAGCCUUCAUCUGGACAGUGGUCCUGUUGGUGACGAUGACCUACAUGUUUGGCGUCUUCCUGACGCAGCUUGUCGUGGACUGCACCUCCGACAAUCCAGAGUGGAACGGAGAGUUCGGUGAUGAGCUGUCGACCUACUACAGCUCUGUGGGCAGCUCGGUGUUGUACCUCUUCGCCGCGACGUCUGGUGGUAUCGACUGGUCCUCUUUGCUCGUGCCCCUGAAGGGCGUUGCGGAGGAGGCGGCAGGGGUCGUCGUGCUCUUGUUCCUCCUGUACAUCACCUUCACAGUCAUGGUGGUCAUGAACCUCGUGACUGGCGUCUUCGUGGAGGGAGCCAAGCGCCUCAACGAGACGGAGCGCGAGAGCCUGCUGUGCAGGCGCAUGAAGGAGAUCUUCGAAAUUGCCACCCCUUCAGGACUGCGCCGGCGACGAGGUCAUCUCCCUGGCGCAGUUCCACAGCCAGCUGGGCAGCCCCUACAUGACCGAGCUUCUCGACAUCUUCGACAUAGAUCGGCCGCAGGCCGAGAGCCUCUUCACGCUGCUGGACCGCGACGGGACGAGCACGCUCACCGCGGAGGAGUUCGUCAGGGGCGCCCUGCGCCUGAGGGCCCCCGCCAGGGCCUUCGACGUGGCGGCACUGCAGCGCGAGGGGAGGCUGAACGCCAGCUCGCUCAGCGCGCGCGUGGACGGCGUGGAGGCGCACGUGCGGCGCCUGGUGGCCGCCGUGGGCCCCGAGCCCGGUGCCCACGCCGCGCGCUGCCCGGACCUGCGCUCCGAGCGGAGCCCGGCGGGGUGGGCGAGCACGCCUGCGGACAGCCCGAGCUUUCGCGCGAGCUAGCAGUGUGCGCCUCUCUCGCUCUCGCUCGCUCUCUCUCUCUCUCGUGGUCCACCUCUCACCAUCUCUCGCUCUCUCUCUCUCUCUCUUCCUCCCCGCUUCUCUCUCCGCGCCUCCCCUCCCCCCGCCCUGGGCAGCCUUCCAGGCCGCCUCAGCCCAGGCGGUCGCUGGGGCGUCUGGCCUCUGCUGGUGAUCCGUUCGCCCUUGGAGCUCCGCCAGGGGGUGGGUGGACGCGGGCACCGGUGCACUGGGGAUUUAGCUCCCUCCUGGAGUACAGUCGGGGCCCUGAAGAAGGAACCUUUUUCGUUGGG